CAGGGAGAACCAGGAAACGAAAAAGCACCUUUGGGAGCGAAGCAGAGCUCCAGGAAGAGGUUCUGCGCCUUCUGGAUCACCAUCAGAACCUGAGCGACCUCCUUCUGGAGGUGGAAGAUUCGGCCGAGCCAGCUGGGCUGGAUGGUGCAGAGCACCAGGAAGCGUCGUCAGGAUCGUUUAUAGUCUCUGUUCUGGAGGACCAGGCCUCAAGGCUGGGCGUACCCGCGGCAGUCCUGGCGGCCAAAAACGCUGUCACCAACAUCGAGCGGAUCUGCCAGCCUUCUGCAAGCCCCUCUCCAGGCCCGCUGCUGGAUUUGGACCAGAGAGAGAGGUUGUCUCGCUUGCUUCAAACACUCGGGGAUUUGCUGGCCAGCACUGUGUUCUGUCGCUCGCGCUUCUGUCAAGAAAUGUGGAAAACGAAGGACCCCCCAGUGCUGGAAGCUGUGUGGCACCUGCACCGAGGGGACGUCGUUGGCCUGGCAGAGCUGCUGGAGAGGUGGCUUUCUGAGGGUGUCAAAGGAACGUUACAGCAAUCUUUUAGGCUUUUGGUGUUGGUUUACUUGUCCGUCACGCCCCGGCCGCCCCUGCUGCGGUGGAGUGGCUGGGGGGCAGGCCCCAGCCUCUGCGGCCUCUGUGAGCAGGCGGAGGGGUCUUCUGGGGACGUGGAGCUCGCUGGGCGCAUUCUCUCAGACCUUGCGAUCGUGUUUCUUCAGCACGGCUUUCAGCAGCCCUCCGAGCUGGGAAGGAAGCUGGAAUUCAAGAAGGUUCCCUAUAUCUGCCGUGCUGUCUUACAGAGAAUGUUGACAUGGGUGCUUGAUGCUGUUGGGAAAGAGAAGCAGGAAGAUGUUUCCACCUUGCAAGCUAUGAGGUUCUGGCUGAACGUGUUCAGUGUGUCAGUUUAUAGGAGCGCGGUUCACCCAGAUUCCUUGCAGCAGUUCUUUCGCCACACCCUGACCGCGGUGCUCACCCACAACCCGCUGUUGAAAGUGUCUGAUGCCAUCCGUAUGCAGAAAGAGUGGAGCUUUCCAAGAACUUGUUCGCUGCUCACUACCUUGUAUCGCAAACUCUUCGUGGCGUGCAGCGCAAAGGAGUCCAUCUCCCAGCUGCAGCAAGUGCUGGAGACUCGCGAAGUGAACUGGCAGCACGUCCUGUCCUGCGUUUCCACGCUGGUCGUCUGUCAGGCUGAGGCUGAGCAGCUCUUCAGAGAGCUACUGAGCCACCUCCUGAUGAAGGCCUUUGAGAAUUAUGACAUGGAAAACAUGAUCACUGCGUUCCUCAUCGCUCGCCAGGCUGCCCUGGAGGGCCCCGCUGUGUUCAUGCCGUACGCCGAGUGGUUUAGGGCUUCCUUUGGGAGCGCCGGUGGCCACCACGGCAGCAGUAAGAAAGCUCUGGUCUUCCUCUUCGAGUUCUUGUCAGAGCUAGUGCCCUUUGAAGCGGCGCCGUACUUGAAGGUCCAUAUAAUGUACCCGCCUUUCGUGCCAGCCAAACAUCGGUCUAUUCUCUUGGAGUACAUCACUCUGGCUAAAACCAGACUGGCCGACCUCAAGGUGGCUAUAGAAGAUAUGGGGCUCUAUGAAGACUUGUCUUCCGCAGAUGAGCCUGUGCAGCCCCAGGGCCAGGCGCUUCGUGACGUUGAAAAGGCCCUUCAGAUAUUUGAAAACACAAGGAAGAUCCCCACGUCCGUGAUAGAAGCCAGUAUUUUCAGGCGACCAUAUUACACCUCCUGGUUUCUUCCUGCUCUGCUCAGGCCUCGUGUGCUCCCUAAAGCUCCAGACGCCCGCGUGGCUUUCAUAGAGUCUUUAAAGAGAGCGGAUAAAAUACCCUCCAACUUGUACUCCACCUACGUGCAAGCUUGUCGUGCUAUGAGAGAGAAGACGUUACAAGAUGAAGCAAAAGCAGAGACCAGCCGUUCCAAAGAGCCCGCUGAGCAGCUGAAGGCUGAACUGGCUGAGCUGAGGACGCUGGUUGUGGACCAGGCUAAACACGAAGAUGUGCCAGCACAGAUUGCUGUGAUUUCUGACAGACUGGCGAGCGUCUUGGGUCACAGCAGUGAUGAGAGUGAAGCCACUUUGAAUUCUCCCGUCCAAAUUGACCUUUCUGCCCCCAGGCUGGAACCCCGCCAUCAGAGUGUUGUUGAUCUUCUGCUGACAUCAUUCUGCCAAAACCUCAUCGCUGCUUCCUAUUCCAACCCCCCCGACAGGCAGGGGCCGUGUCUCUCCUUGUUUGUGAAGAUGAUGUGUGGACACAGGAAUCUCCUACCUGCGCUUCUGGGCAGGCUCUGCCAGCUCAUUUAUCAUCAGGGUCCUUCCCUGAACGACACUCACGUUUUGGGACUAGCCGCUUUUGUGAUCCACUUGAGUGAAUCCAGAGCUUUACUUCCUGACGUGGAAGCCCGUUUUGGGAUUUCUCAGCCUGUUCCCGAAAAGCUCCUUUCCGUUUCCGAGUACUGGGACGGCUUGCUGGUGUGCAGGACGGAAGCGUCCUUUGCCUUCUGCCUGAGGUUUUGCACUGCAGCAGCAUCUUAUCUUAUGUGCAAGUUUCCAUCCUCGUCUCGUGAGGAUUUGUGUGCCUUGCUUCCCCCUGGCCUUGUUAAAAAGCUGCAGUACGUGGUGCCGCGGCUCAGCUUGGAAGCUCGGGGAGUCCUGUGCGAGGAGGAGGCUAAAACUGCCCUAACCUGGAGCUCCCUGUCGUGCCCCUCUCGGAGCUGCAAAAGAGCCAGCCUCUGUUUGUGGAAGCAAGCACGCUUUCAAGAGCUCUUGGAGGAAAAAGCAUUCCAGUUGUCCUUCAGAGAGUGGCUGCUGUUGGAGCUGGAGGUGUGCCCUGAAAAGGAUGUUCUCUCUGCUUCGGAAAGGCAGGAUUUCCAUUAUUGGGCCAUCUAUCAGCGGUAUCUGCCCGCACCUUCCGCUUCGGGCGGCUGCGACGGGGACCUGGAGAAGGCGUGCGGCAUUGUUGUCAGUGCCAUCCUGGAUUCCUCACAAAGGUUGGACCUGGGUAGCUGGGGUCAAUCGAAGGUGUCGGUCAACGCCGAUAUUCUCUGCAAGCUGCAGGAGAUGGUGCUGGAGCUGGGGUGUAGGCGAAAGUUGCUGUCUGGCCGCUCGGAUGCCCCGAGACAUUUCCUCUUCGAGAUUCUCCGGGAAAGACUGAAGGACCAAAACCGUGGCUCUGCUUUGGGGGAGCAGCUGGGGAGGCAGCAGGAGCUGCUGCUGCACCGAAGGCUUCUGGUGGGGCUCCCUGCAUCCGCUCUGGUCAUGACGUGUCGAAAAGGGAAGAGAACGGUGUUGGACUGCGAAGACUUUUUUCGUUUUGUGAACUCGGAGCUG